AUGGCGGGACGACAUGCUAAUAUAGUUGGCAGUGUACUACGUUUGGAUCCCAAUCAGAAACUGUCACCAAAACUCCGGCGGAACAGAACCGUAUCAAUCGACGGCGAGAUAGCCACAAGGACCAAUCGAGCGUACCUUGAAUCCAGCUUGAAACACCGAGCCCAUCAGUCCGACCACGGCGACCCGACCUCACCCCCUCUCCAGCCACCGUCUUCCGUCCAGCCCACUCUCGUCGAAGCACCCGAAGGAAGGGCGCAGAAAGGGGAUCUGCAAACCCUAGGCGCAUCUUUCGGCGGAGUGCUGAAGUGGAGAGACGAGGCCAAAUCGAGGUCGCGGGAAGUUGUCCGACCACGCGGACGAACAAAAAACUCGAGACCGGGGCACGCGAUCGGAUGGUUGGUCGUCUUUUGCUAUGGCAUGGCUAAGUUUGGGGUGGUCGGUGAUGCAGCCGAUGUGGCUUGGGCUGCCUGCAGUGAAUGA